AAGCCAGCAGCGGAGUGUUUGGGAUGGGCGACUGUGCUUGGAGAAAACAUCCACCCGAAAGUCCUCAUUCUCCUCGCACCAGAGGCGAACGUUUGUUGUUUAUUUAAGUCUAAAUAAAAUACAUAUUCAAAUCUGAAAAUGCCGAGUAAUAAGCUGGAUAAACCAGAGAAGGUGGAGGUGAGUGAUAAUGUGAAGGUGGUGGUGAGAUGCCGACCCCUCAAUGAGAAGGAGAAGGUAAUGGGACACAAGAAGUCUGUGUCUGUGGAUGAGAUCAGAGGAACCAUUACUGUGAACAAACUUGAUAUAUCCAGUGAGCCACCAAAGACUUUCACCUUCGAUACAGUGUUUGGCCCAGAAAGUAAACAGCUGGAUGUGUAUAAUUUAACAGCACGACCCAUCAUUGACUCAGUAUUAGAGGGUUAUAAUGGAACCAUAUUUGCGUAUGGUCAGACUGGCACGGGGAAAACAUUUACCAUGGAGGGUGUCAGGGCAGUGCCUGAACUCCGAGGCAUCAUUCCUAAUUCAUUUGCUCAUAUAUUUGGCCACAUUGCAAAAGCAGAAGGAGACACUAGGUUUCUAGUGAGAGUUUCAUAUUUGGAAAUUUACAACGAAGAGGUGAGGGACCUGUUAGGAAAGGAUCAGAUGCAGAGGCUGGAGGUGAAGGAGAGACCUGAUGUAGGAGUUUAUAUUAAGGAUCUUUCUGGAUAUGUGGUAAACAAUGCUGAUGAUAUGGAUAGGAUUAUGACCCUUGGACAUAAAAACCGUUCUGUUGGUUCGACCAAUAUGAACGAACACAGUUCUCGCUCUCAUGCCAUCUUCACUAUAACUAUUGAAUGCAGCGAGAAGGGUAUAGAUGGAGAUCAACAUGUGCGCAUGGGCAAACUACACCUGGUUGACCUUGCGGGUUCUGAGAGGCAAGGAAAAACAGGUGCCACAGGUCAACGACUUAAAGAGGCCACAAAGAUCAACCUGUCUCUGUCCACCCUGGGAAAUGUUAUUUCUGCACUAGUGGAUGGAAAGAGCACCCAUGUGCCCUACAGGAACUCAAAACUUACACGACUGUUACAGGACUCUCUGGGAGGAAACUCCAAAACCAUGAUGUGUGCAAACAUCGGCCCAGCAGAUUACAACUAUGAUGAGACCAUUAGUACUCUUCGUUAUGCCAACCGUGCUAAAAACAUCAAGAAUAAGGCCAGAAUUAAUGAGGACCCGAAGGAUGCAUUAUUGCGCCAGUUUCAGAAGGAAAUUGAAGAGCUCAAGAAAAAGCUGGAAGAAGGUGAGGAGAUCUCUGGUUCUGAUGGCAGUGGAUCGGAUGACAUGGAUGAAGGUGAAGAUGAUGUGGGUGAUGGAGGGGAGAGACGCCGGAAACGAAGGGGGAGGAAGAAGGUGUCCCCAGAUAAGAUGGUGGAGAUGCAGGCAAAGAUCGAGGAGGAGCGUAAGGCCCUGGAAGCCAAAUUAGACAUGGAGGAGGAAGAAAGGAAUAAAGCACGUGCAGAACUUGAGAAGAGAGAGAAGGACCUUCUCAAAGCCCAACAGGAACACCACUUAUUACUAGAGAAGCUGUCCUCUCUGGAGAAGAGGGUCAUUGUUGGUGGGGUUGAUUUACUGGCAAAGGCUGAGGAGCAAGAGAAGCUUCUGGAUGAAUCUAACAGUGAGCUGGAGGAGCGGAGGAAGAGGGCUGAGCAGCUCCGAAAGGAACUGGAAGAAAAGGAGCAAGAGCGGUUGGACAUUGAGGAGAAAUACACCAGUUUACAGGAAGAAGCUCAAGGCAAGACCAAGAAACUGAAGAAAGUGUGGACCAUGUUGAUGGCAGCAAAAUCUGAGAUGGCUGAUCUGCAGCAAGAGCAUCACAGGGAGAUUGAAGGUCUCCUGGAAAACAUCCGGCAGCUGAGCAGAGAGCUCCGUCUACAGAUGCUCAUUAUUGACAAUUUUAUUCCUCAGGAAUAUCAGGAGAUGAUUGAGAAUUAUGUGCACUGGAAUGAGGACAUUGGAGAGUGGCAGCUGAAAUGUGUGGCCUACACAGGCAACAACAUGAGAAAACAGACGCCCAUGUCAGACAAGAAAGAGAAAGAUCCAUUUGAAGUGGACCUUUCCCAUGUUUACCUGGCCUACACUGAGGAGAGCAUGAGACAGUCCUUAAUGAAACUAGAAAGGCCUCGGACGUCAAAGAGUGGGAAGUCCAGGCCUAAAACUGGACGUAGGAAACGUUCCUCCAAACCAGAGGCUGUGAUUGAAUCUCUGCUGCAGUGAGCCUCUUGUCUAAUGACAACCAACCAUAUUUUGCGCAUUUACAAGGCCUGUCCAGUAUAUGUCUUAGGAAAUAAUGAUUCUUGUGACUUAAGGGCACUUUGAUGUAAAGAGUAAUGUAAGUGAAAAAUAUAAAGUGUGUGUAUAUGCAGGAACUUCAGUGCUCCAAAGGUGAGGACAGUUCGCACUAAAAUGUCUCCUAUGAUAGAACUACAAAAGGCAAAUUUUACCUUCAACCAUCAAACAAACACUGUUAUUUUAUAUUCUGCUUUACAUUGAUGGUUAUUCUGGCUGGAUGUCUUAAAAGCAGGAUAUUACUAAUCUUGACCCAAAGGAUUAGCUUGGUGUCAGGGAAUAUGCUAUUGAGAAAUUAAUCAAACUCUGUUUAAUACAAUUGGCAGUGUGCAGUUACUUUAGCUUAAUGUACACAAGCUAUGCUACUUUUAUAUAUAUAUAUAUAUAUAUAUAUAUAGUGAGAAUGUGCAUGCCAUAUUUCUCUGGCUUUAGUGACAUGUUAACAUUAUCUAAGUUUAUUCUAACUGUAAUGUAUUUCCAGUGUGCACUGUAGUAAAACCAUUAGUCUUAUGUACUAUGUAAAAAUGUUUACAUUUUACUGUGUUUUAUCCUGUACUCUCCUUAAAUUAUUAAAUUAUUUUACAAGUUAAAA